AGUUGUAUACGUCACGUUGUACUAUAUACAUACGCCGUACGGCGUCCAAACCUGUCAAGAUUCUCAUCCAUCGCAACAGUUAACCUAACCGAUCCCGUGUACGAACGCAUACAGAAAGCACAACGGCAACAAUAUUCUCGAAACCGGUGUUUGAAUAACAGGUGGACUCGCGUAGAAAGAAAUUCUAUCGUCACUAAUAAAUAAUAAUAAUUUCUAUUUCGUUCCCUAAAAAUCGUCGCAUUCGUGUUUCGGUAGGAUAAAAAUUUAAAUCGUUACAUUUAGCGUGUGAAUUAUAAAACACAUAUUGCGACUGAACCUAGAAAGUAGAAUCAGUCCGAAAAUUGCACGGAUAACAAAGGUGAAGAAAAGAAAUGAAUGAAAAUAAAAUUGCGGAUACAUAUUUUCGUGUGAAAGGAAAUACUUCGGUAGUCGGUAAUGCAGUGGACGAUCUGCGAAGACCGGAACACGUAACUGAAUGGAACUACUACUACCGAAAUGACAAGAUGGCACGUCAGCAGCCAGUAGACUUCGACGAACUUUUCGACGUAAAAAAUCACUUUUACAUUGGCAAUUACCAGCAAUGCAUCAACGAGGCGCAAAAGAUCAAGUCGUCUUCGUCGAAGGUGGCGGUGGAACGGGACGUGUUCCUCUACCGUGCUUAUAUAGCGCAACGAAAGUUCCGCGUUGUGCUGGAUGAAAUAAACAAUUCGUCACCCCAUAGUUUGCAACCGUUGAAGAUGCUCGCUGAUUACUUCGCGAAUCCCGGCCGCAGGGACGCGAUAGUCUCGGAACUGAGACAAGCGACGAAACAUGCCAACAGCGAUAAUCACAACUUCCUGAUAGUCGCAGCGACCAUCUUCUAUCACGAGAAGAAUCUCGACCAAGCGCUCAGGAUGCUGCGCAACGUGGAUCACCUGGAAUGUUUGGCCUUGACCUUGCAGAUUUAUUUGAAAAUGGAUCGGUUGGAUCUCGCCAAGAAGGAGUUGCUGACGAUGCAGGAGAAGGAUGACGAUGCCACUCUUACUCAGCUGGCACAGGCGUGGUUGAACAUAAGCACCGGCGGUGAUAAGUUGCAAGAUGCUUAUUACAUAUUCCAGGACAUGAUAGACAAACAUUCCAGCACUAGUAUGUUGUUAAACGGGCAAGCCACUUGUUUCAUCGGACAAGCCAGGUACGAAGAGGCUGAAACGGUUUUACAAGAGUCGUUGGACAAAGAUAGUAACAACCCGGACACGCUGAUCAACAUGAUCGUUCUGUAUCAACACAUGGGAAAGCCGCCCGAGGUUACUAAUCGUUAUUUAAGUCAGUUGAAAGAUUCACAUCUGGAGCAUCCGUUUGUUAAAGAGUAUUUAGAGAAGGAAACAGAAUUUAAAAUUCUCAGGAAACAGUAUUCCACGUCCGCCUAAAACUGUACCGGGUGAUAGCGAUGUCGAUUAAAGUUUAACGAAAAUUAACUACCGAGAGCAACAUGUAACAAUACAGAUUGUAGAUUGAAACGAUGGAAAGAGAUCUUAGAAUGUUACUUGCAGGGUAUAACGCACUUCUACACGAACUCACCUUUUUAUUCAUCGUAAAACGAUGACGUGUCCAUUUCUUUUUGUACCAUUCAUUCCGUUCAGUGAUUUUAUAUCGACUAAGGAAAAUUCACUUUUGCAUGGAAUUUUUACGAUACCUACGACAUCAUUGGCAAAUAAAAGGAUAGCGGGUUCGAACCAUUUACAAUUUUUACACGUAUAACCGACAAAAUAUAAUAUAUAUACAAAAUGAAAUAACGAAUAAGGUAUCUACGUAAUCGCUUCGUAUUCGACUACUCUCUUUCUCUCUCUCUCUCUCUCUCUCUCUCUUAAUAAAAUAUUAUAUACGAUAAGUAAAAUAAUGUGGCUGCCAUUUUACAAUACGGUUACACGGAGAAAAAGUAUCGGAAAAUUUCGUUUCUGCAUGCGUUCUAACAUACAUUAGACCAAUGUAUGGUAUAUUUAAUAAAGUUCCAUCUCAUGUA